CGGCCGGGCUCUGAGGGGAGCGCUCCGGAGCGGAAAGCCUCUAGCUCCGCCUCUCCCCGCCGGGUGCACGCGGGCACCGGUGGGCUGGCCCCGCCCCUUUUCUCUCUCACAGCCCGCCCCAGUCCGCGCCGUUCUCUUUCGAACCGGGCUCGCGUGGUGGCGCGCGAGGCUUUGCGCGUGCGCGGCGGCACAUCGGCUCCGUUGGCGGGCGCGGGGUGUCAGGCCUGGAGACGGCGGCAGAGGUGGUGGACCCCACUGAAGGGAUACGCGUGGCGGCGGCGGACCCGCUGGCCCCUCGCCGCCUCUUCGCCCGCUACAGCGGCUGAGAGGAUCAGAAAUGACUACCCCAAACAAGACGCCACCUGGUGCUGAUCCAAAGCAGUUAGAGAGGACUGGUACUGUUAGAGAAAUAGGCUCACAAGCAGUUUGGUCUCUCUCAUCCUGUAAGCCAGGAUUUGGAGUGGAUCAGUUACGAGAUGAUAAUCUAGAAACUUACUGGCAAUCAGAUGGAUCACAGCCUCAUUUGGUGAACAUCCAAUUUAGAAGAAAAACAACAGUGAAGACUUUAUGUAUUUAUGCAGACUACAAAUCUGAUGAAAGUUACACUCCAAGCAAAAUCUCUGUCAGAGUAGGAAAUAAUUUUCAUAAUCUCCAGGAAAUCCGGCAACUUGAAUUAGUGGAACCAAGCGGCUGGAUUCAUGUUCCUUUAACAGAUACUCAUAAGAAGCCUAUUCGCACGUUUAUGAUUCAGAUUGCUGUUCUAGCUAAUCACCAAAAUGGAAGAGACACUCACAUGAGACAAAUCAAAGUGUACACACCAGUGGAAGAGAGCUCUAUUGUUAGUUUCCAAAACCUCCUCGUUUACAAGGGUGUGAAUAGUCUGCAUUUACAUGCACUGCCAGUAGUGUUCACAAGCUGGCAGGUAGGUAAUACUAACUCACAAGGUUGUGCUUGAAUGCAUCACUUCUGUUAUGCUCUUACCCCCUCCACUGUGCCAACAGCUGAGAGAGCUGUGAGUUUUCCCUACACUCACAUCUUUCUGGCUCAUUGUCAGUCAAGCUAUGCCAACUGCACCAGCCAGUAAAAGCAUAUAGGAAAAAUAAAUUUGUCAUAGGAAAAGUACAGAGAAGUGAUUACUUUCAUGCAAGACUACACUGAAGGCACUGUUAGGCUGUACUUCAUUAAUGCAGAAAAACUAGCUUUCAAAAUCAGGGGGUUUGUCAGUGAUAGUGUCCUUGAGGACACUUCCACUCAAAGAGUUAGGACCAAAACAUGGGGUAUUUUUAAACUGCUGUAAUGUAAACAUUUUUAGUAAUUCUAAGAGUAGAUGAGACAACAAUAUAUCAUUGUAUUGUAUCAUUCUCAAAGAAUUCUAUGCAAAUAAUGGU